AUGGCGUACGGUGAUGACAUAGACGUUAUUGGUUUAAGACUGUCCUACUUCUCAACUUCCAGCCUGUACCUCCUUGUCUGUAUCGCGGUGACGCAGUGUGCAGCGUUUCAGUUUCGUUGUGAGCCGGUAAACACCAAUUUCACCUGCAUGGUCACAAACUAUAAUCCAAAGCAGGAAGGAACGUUCUUGUUUAAUCACAUGCCGGAAAGAACGAACAAUAUUGAUUUUAAAAAUGUUAUUCUAGCGGUCGUGGACAAUACGAUAUUUGGCUACAUACCGGCCGCUGUCAGCACACUAACACUCAGUGGUUCUAGUGCAGUGCGUGCAAUAAUCGUGCCUCAAAACAUUUCCCUGUUUGAAAUUGUCGUAGCAGAGCCCAGUAUGGUCCGGAUGCGUUUCGAAAAGAACUGCACACUGUCCAGGUUGCAGGUAACGCAGAGUAGCUUAAUCGCGAUUCCCCCAACGCUUGGCAACCUACAACAUUUGUCCUUCUUCAAACUAAACCAAUCGCCGAUCGAACAGAUUAGUUUGGAACGGUUCUGUAACUUAUCGCAGCUACAGUCACUUAAUUUUAAAUACAAUCUUAUCGCCACUAUAUCAUUCCAAGGUGCGAUAGUUCCCUGGUGCGGGCCGGCGCUAGUGAAACUUGCGUUUGCCAACAAUAAGCUCCGCAUUGUUAAUAUGACAGUGUUUGCAAGCAUGCGGGAACUGCGGAUACUGGAUCUGGAAAACAACUUGAUCGAGAUUGUAGAGGGUCACUUCACUAAUCCCAAAAUUACGACCGUGAUACUAACCAACAACAAACUGCUAGCGAUUGAUUUGUGCCGCUGGAACGCGAUGCUAUCGAUUAUUUCGUUUUCCUUUAACAAAAAUAGUUUGCAGCUCAUUCCGAAAUGCUUGCAGCGGAUGCCAGCGGUGCAGUUUAUCAACUUCAACAACAAUAAGCUUACCAAGAUUAAUAUCGAAGCGUUUGCAAUGCUGAACGAGCUGAAGUCAUUAUUUUUCUCGAACAAUGCAAUAAGAUCAAUUGUCAACUACCGUAGGCCGGUGCCGUCGAGCUUAAAGGAAGUUUACAUGGAACACAAUCCUCUAGGGUUAGAGAAUGUUACAAAGUUUUUCCCAUCCUCCGUAAAAAUAUACACGUAG